AUGGGUGUCAUUGCAGACCUGUUUAGCUGUGGUCGGUCGCGACGCACGCGCGAGCUGUCGACUGAGCCGCACCUCACUAAUGAUGCAACACCACAGCUGCAUGUACCCGGGCUCGAGCUUGAGCAGAUCGCGCAUGAAACUACGGCCACCGGAGACAAAACAACUACUGACACUGCGAACGACAUCCGCGUGCCCACCAUCGCCCCGGUACCGAGUCCCGUGCAGCAGAGUGUUCACCAUUGGGAUGGAGGCCGGAGCAGAAGCAGGGAUAGCAACACGCUCGACUUUUCCGUUCACCAUGAAAAGGGCAAGUUGAGUGCCGGGUGGAUGGUCGAGCAGAAAUUCCUCGUCACUACUACAUCUUCAAGGAAUUCUACCCCCGCGCCUGAACCCGAGAAGGAGGAGACGGCUUCUACUCUUGUUCGCUGCCCUACCCCGGAAGAAGAACCAUGGAAUGCGACUGUCAGGGCCGCGACACCUGAGCCGCAAGUUGAGACGAGCGAUGCUUCUAUGCUGGUUCGUUGCGCCACACCCGAAGAGGAACCAUGGAAUGCCACCGUCAGGCAUGCGACUCCCGAACCCGAAGCAGUGUCUAUCCGCUGUGCGACUCCCGAGCCGGAAGUUAUCCAAGUCUCCCGAACCGCAACCCCCGAGCCCGAGCCCCAACAGAUCACUCUUCCCGUUGAAGAGGUCGCGCCAGUAUCAGUAGUUGAGGAGGUCCGAUCAGCCACGCCAGAGCCCGUAGUCGAGAUCGUUGAGGUCGCAGACGAGGUCGAAGAUGUCCAGGUUACCAAGAAGACUGCGCCAGCCAGCCUGUUGGACUUGCCUCCUGAGGUUCGCAACCGCAUAUACGAGAGCAUGAACGAGGACGUGCCCAUCCGUAUGUGCCGCCACGAUGACCCAGCCCUUGCUCCCCGCGACGGCGAGACCGCCCCCGCCCCAAAGCGCCAGUUUUACGGCCUCACCCAGGCCUGCCGCCAGCUCCGCUCCGAGUUUCUCCCCAUCUACGCCAAGAAAGCCCACUACAUCAUCGAUCUCUGGAGCCAAAAGGCAAACCUCGUAAACAUUGAUGCCCUCCAAGGACAAGUGUCCAUGGACAUUGACGCCGCCUGCUUCGACAUGGAGCCCAUUGACCUGCUACCCCUGAUCCGUACUCUCGUCCGCAAGAACCGCACCGACUGCCAAUUCACCUCAACCGAGGGCGUCGUCUUCCGCAGCAUCGCCGAGAUUGUCCUUGAGCUCAACAAGCUCCUUCCCAAGACAGACGGCAGCACCAAGAGCUGGCUCAGCGCCGUCAACGGCCCCAUGAAGCGCAUCGACCUCCACCUCUUCCCCCACGACGACAUCCGACAGUACUACCGCUUCCGUGGCGCCGAGCCCCUGCUCCGCGUCGUGUACCCCUCCGCCGUUGCCGAGGACUGGAUGAAGCGCUCGUCAAAGUCCGAGGGUUACGAGGCCUAUAUGCAAGCCACCGGUCUUGACAAGUUUGAGAUGCACGUCGUUGUUGGCCAUGCUUCCCGCAGGACUACAAACGAGGGCCGUCUGCCGCUUGACUGGCGCAUGAGCUACCAGGUCUCAAGAAUGUCCAGGGACUGCUCCCCCCGCCGCUCCAUGGACGUUGCCGCUGCUCGCAUGUCCAUCGACCGUGCCCCUCGUAUGUCGUCGUCGCUGGCCCGGUAA